GAGCUUCGUAGUGUUAUUUAUUCUCGCAUUGUCUCGCCGUUCGUCGUGUUCUUCGUCGCGUCGCCGCCGUCGUGAUUCGCGGGACCGCCCUCGUUUGCUGUCGGCCUGGUCUGCUCGUUCUAUCGAUCGAGGUGCUCUAAUCGAUCGAUCGUGAGUGGCGUGUAUGCCGCUACUCCAUCAGCCGCAAAGAUCCCGUGGAAAUCGUCUUCGUUCCCAAAUUUCCGCGCACAGAGAAAAGGAGGGAGGGAGGGACUGACGUCUCGCAACAACCACUGCUGUGAAAAUAUCCUUUGUGUCCGGGAGCGCUUUAAAGCACUGGGCAGGAAGAGCGCUUUGGAUGGAUGGCUGCUGGCUGGGCCGAGGAUUUGUGGCAAACUUUUAAGCUCCGAAUUUAUCGGGCUCUCUCUCUCUCUCUCUCUCUCUCUCUCUCUCCUUUUUUUUCUUCUUUCUGGUCCAUCUCGAAACACCACUGCCUAAUCGCGUGAAGUGCUCCAGAGCUUUCAGAGGUAGAGGAGAGGAGCUGUAGCAGCUGGUCUGAGAGGGACGCGCGGUUUAUUACUGUGAAGUUCGGUGGAGAUUGUCACACUGGCAUGUGUUGGGCGAAUUCUCUAAAGGCUUCGCAAACUUACGGAAACGGCAAAAGAGGCCUGAAAGCUUGAAGUGACGAUGACGAUGAUCGUGCGGGAGAUGAUUCUGCUGGAUCAAGCGUGCUUCGAGCCGGAUGAUCCCCACAGCUUCAACGAUGAUUCAGGAUGGUUGGGACCUCCCAGUGCUGUUCCAUUCGCCUGGGAGCUGGCUCCUGGAACUCCGAAGCAGGAGAGAAAAUCAGCUCCUGAAGUGUCGGAUUCAACAAGGGAGGCUUUCUCUGGAGAAGUUUGCAAGGCAAUUGUCAAGGUUGAAUCUGAAGGGGAGGACUCCGGCGAGCCGGACAGGCACUCAGUUCACAUCUUAGAAAAUGCCCCUCGCUCCUUCCUGGAGUCCCGGAACAGCGAAGUCUCAGGCGAGCCAGCGGAUCAUUUCAAGGAACGGACAGUCGCGUUCAAGUGGGAGAUGGAGCCUGGCAUACCGAGAGAUCCAUUGACGUGUCGGGAAGUUCUCGACUGCCCGCUUACGCCUCCGCCAGUGUUCCACUCCCGGAGCAUGGUCGUGUACUCUAGCAGGAGCAGCAAGAAGACAUUUUCUCUGUCCGAGAGAUUGAGAAGCUUGCUGUGGAUACAGCCGCACAGGAAGCAGCCCGACUUUCAAACGCGCCUGAAUCCUCCAGGAAGGGCUUCCUCGAAGACCACAAAGGCGACGCUUCUGCUCAAGAAUUCACCGCACAACGGCUCAAGCAAUUCGCUGUCGAAGAAGAACGGUGCUGCUCAUUCGGACGAGGAGGAGGACCUCUCACCAGUAAGUGUUUUGGAUUACAACAGCUCCAUGAGGUCCAGCAGCCACCCUGCGGAUAACAGCAACAACAGUAACAGGCUUUCGUCGGCGUCGUCCUCGAGACGCUCGCACUAUCACACGCCACAGCACUCUUUCUCCGGGGAUGUCAACGCAGCAAACUUAUCGUCGACAGGCAGCUUCACGUCGUUCAUCGGAUCUAGCAAGCGAAGCAGUCUCUCGGCUCUUCUCAUCCGGAGGAACAAGAACAGGGAGCCGACGGGCUGCUUGACGAUGCUCCGCUCGAAUUCAUUCGCCACUACAAACGACUCGUUUGAAGAGGCAGUGAGCGAGGUCAACAGCAGUGACAGAUCCUCGUCUCUCAGCAGCGACGAGAAUCACAAGAAGCCAGGCACCAACAAAGACUGUGGCGAGAGCUCCGACGAAGACGCUCGAUCGGUUUACUUCUCGCCGGCUCCAAACAUCGAGAGUCCGAGGAAGUCAUUCUCGUUCCAGAGCAGAGCCAUGGACGACGAACGGGACGCCGCCAAGUUCAAGAUCAUUGACCGAGUCGACUCUCUGGAGACGAUCGAUCCGGGCUUUGCUCCAUCGGAGCUUGGCGACGUUAGCUACCAGCGCAACAUUCUCAACAGGAUGACGAGCUGUGCUCGCUGGCAAAGGAAGCAGGCAUCGAUCAAGCAGACCAGGAGUGGCAGCCAUCUCGCCAGGAGCUUGUUUGGGCGAGUGACAGUGUGCUGCUACGUCCCGCGUGAAGAUCAAUGCUGAUGGCAUUCAUGGUCGACUUAUUAGAACUCAACAAAAGCCAGCCAGUUCGUGAUAGGAACAAGUGCUGCGUGUAAAAACAAAAUGAAAAUACAAAAAAUUCUCAUUGCGGCGUGCUUUAAGCUUGCUGAAUGUACUAAGAUUUUCAACGGUAAAUAGUUUGGGUGAACAAAGUUUGGCAAGAA